AUGCCGGGAGACCAGAGUGUUUCGCAGGCGUUUAAAUCAUCAUUGAAACCGCAACGUCGCCAGAAUACAAGUUGUGACCGGUGCCGGCGUUCAAAGCGGCGCUGUUUUGUGCCAAGCAUUUCAGAAGGAGUGCCUGGAACGAUAUGCACGAACUGCCAACGUUUGAAACACCACUGUACAUUCGAGUUUGCAAAGCGUCAUCCAACCUCCCCAGUCAAUAGGAGACAAAUCCCACAAGUUGAGGUGGCAGCGGAGAGAAUUGAACACGAUGACUUGAAUUCUUUUGACAGGCUGAUUGAAGGGCUCCCCGGCAGCCUGGAAACCCAAUUGAAUGCAUCUUCUGUGGUUGAUCAGGAUAUCCUGGCAUCCUGGAUUGACCUUGAUCUUGAUCGGCUUUCAGAUGACCACCUCACAUCAUCAUCAAAUAUUUACCGCGCAUCUCCACCUUUCGCACUAGCACACUCCGAUGCUCCAGCUACGACAGAGAUUCAGCAAAAUAAUCAAAUCUCGCUUUCAUUGAAUCGGAUGCGCACAAAUCAAUAUGCAACCGCUGUUCCCUUCUCGUUCGACAGUCCAAUCUAUCUGUUGAAUUCUGGAAUAGACGCAAAGAUACUCGGUGAUAGACUCACUCGGAUCUACGAUGCAAUCUCAACAGCCAGCUCAUCUAGAUUUCUGGAAUAUGAUUGCAAUUUGUAUGCAACGACUGGAAAUCGUUACCGAAUAGGAGAAAGCAAAUCUAGAAGCUCAACAGAGUCACCACCUGUGACAUCGAUCAUUAGUCCACAGAAUACACCAAACAACCAACCCCUCCAAUCCGUCUUUUCAGAACCGACAAGUGAGGAGAUCAUCCACGAAAUAUCUCUUCUAGGGAGUGCUCGAUUUUUGGAUCAUUUCAGUCACCUUUAUGGCAACCGACUGGAUUCUAACGCUCGGAGAAAGUCCGACGCAGCCUUGAAGGCAGUCCUUCUUGCAUUCUCGAUGCAAUGGUUGCCGGUGUCUGACGGAAACAACUCUACGGACUCUGAGUCAACUCUGAAUGCAUUUACUGAUGCGUGGCUCCGAGCCCGCGCUUUCCUAGAUGAUGCUCGCCACGUGAAGUCGUUCCGUAUCAUUAUUGCAACACUGACCUUUGUCGGCAUUGUGAUCCCAACAAAGUUGAAGGAAAUAGAGGGCUUUGUGCCGCCCAAUUUCCUUGACUCAGCUCUGCAGAAGCUUUGCUAUCUGGACGAGCUUCUUGCACAAUACCGCAAGAACCUAGGACCAUCUUCCACGUACAGUGGUCUUUUAGAGGCAAGCAUGAACCUCAUUCGCUGGACUGCCUACAUCCGCGACACAGGGGCGGCACUAUCCAUGGACCGGCAAUGCAAACUUCCAGAUCUUUGGGGGGUUGAAAAAGUUGCUUCCAACAAGGAGUCCAUGACAGCUUGGGCUGCCUGUCGAAGCAUUCUAGAGUUCGAUGGACAGGUCCAGGCAAUUUGCCUGAAAGCCAGUGCAGAAGCGUUCUGUGUCUGGAGACAGAUAAUAAACAUCAAAUCGUGUGCGAGAAGUUCGAAUAACAUUUCGCCCGAAUAUCAACAAUCCAUCAUUGAAGCUAUAUAUUCCGGCAUCGCAGCUAUCAAUCAGUUGAAUGCGUCGUUCCAACCAUUUAUAGCUCAUUCUAUCAGCAAUUUUCUAUAUUUAUCCACUUGCCCGAGAAUCUCCAUUGUCUCUCUUGUCAUGUUUUGGAAUUUGGGAAUCUUCCUCCUUGACGACGUCUACAAAAACGCCUGCCAAUACCUCAAUGUUGCGGACGAGCAGCAGUUCGCUCCUAUAAUUCGAACGUACCAACAAGAGGCAGCAUUAUGUGUCGCCCAAACGGUUGAAUGCGUGCUAAAAAUCCCUGCGGAAGAGGCCUUUAAUCUUCAAAAUGGGCUAGGAGCGGAGGUUCCGAUCACGGCCUAUCAUGUCACCCCAAGUUUAGCUGUGACAGCCCUUCAAAAGGCCAUCGAGGGUGUCAUUCAACUGCAACUUCAUACCAACUACGAUGCUGGUAUUUCUGAGGGAGAGGGAGGUUGUGGUGUGGUCAUGCCCGAUGGAACAUGGGACCGGCAGAUCGAUGUCUUGAUGAAAGGGUUGAUGUCACUUGAUGUGACCAUUGGUGGAUCACAAACUUCGAAUAUGGCCCUUCGGCAGCUGAUGCAGCAAUAUGGAGAUAUUCUAUCUGAAUGUUGGACUUCGGAUUUUGAUACAUAA